AGACUUGCUCAAGUCAUGUUCUAGAACCUCCGAGAACGAAGCGAAAUUCUCCAUAGUACGAAGCAAUGCGGGCGAUCUUCUCCCUGCUGCUGGCCCUGCCGCUGGUCCAUGGAAGUUCCGAGAGUUUCCCCCGGCACCUGCGCGCAGUGGACGCCUCCGUCUUUGAAGCCGAGCUCCAGUCCGCCAUGGGGGAGGCGUUGGGCUGCGGGGGCCUCAUCUCCGAGCAGCACCUUCUGGACCUCGAGGAGGAGUUACGCGUUGUUUACGCCACGCUGCCCAAGAACGGUGUGGGCCGCAUUGACCGCCGCUCUCUGCGGUUCCUGGCUUACCGGUACUUCAACCAGAAGCACGCGCUGGUGAUCCGCGGCUUCGAGCCCUCGCGGCCGCUGAACGACUCGGCCUGGGCGGCGGAGGUGCUGAGCCAGCGGGUGCCCAACUACGUGGAGUCCGUGCUGAUGUCCCGCCACGCACUGGAGCGGGGCUUUGACAUCCGCGACGCCGCCCUGCUGAUCACGACCAUCGAGCAGCUGAUGUUUGAUUCUGAGAGCAACCUGUUGGAAAAGGUCUACAAGGAGCUGCGGAAGCCGCUGGACAAGGCUGUGCCGCGCCAGAGCCUGCAGCAGGUGUUGGAGGCCUAUCUCGUGCACUGGCUCAUGGGCAACGACGAGGAGGGCGUGCGGAUCCUGCUGAACAACGCGAAGCUGCGGCAGAAGACCUUUCCACACUGGGACGAGCUGGUGCAAUUCGCGAACGGUGAGAUUAAGGCUCAGGACUUCAAAUCCGCGAAGCAGGCGAAGAAAGGCGCCUUGGAGUUACAAUACUCCUUCGAGGACGCGCACUCGGUGAUUGGGGGCAUCACGCGGUCCUUCGCUUCCUUCUGGGAGUCCGAGUGUGUUGAGAUGAAGGACCAGCUUAUCGAAAUGGAUCCUCAUCGCACAGGUCGCGUGCCCUUGUCCAAGUUCUACGGCACGGGCCUGGAGGCGGACUGGCGCUUCGCCGAGUCUGAGGCUUACCUCCGGGAGCUUGGAGCGCUGGAUGAGAGCAGCGGCACCAAGCAGGUGCUCAUUCCCAAUUACAUCCAGGCGGCUUCCAACUGCAUCGUGGCCACCAGUCACUACAUGGUUUGCUGCCUCAACGACUGCAACCCGCUGAUGGCGGAGAUCGAGACGGCGCUGAAGGCUCCGAGCGCCACGCCGGAGCAGCUGCUGGCCGUAGUCGCCAACAUGUCCUCCGCGAUUUCCUUGGAGGACGAGCGUGCUCCGCGGCUGGAGGGCAUGGCUGCGCAGCUCCAAGCCAUUGCCGCCAACCACAACGGCGAGGUGCCGAUCCAUGGUCGGCGCUUCCUGCAGUGGCUGCACUAUGUCUUCCCGCAGCAGUGCCCCUUCCCGCACCUCAGCGGCACCACGGCCGCCCUGGCGCCCCAGGAGUUCAAGGGCGACUACGUGGCCUCGCAGGAUGCCAUGAUGGCAGAAGCGAAAUCCGAGCUGCCGGACUUCAACUCCACUGAGGAGCUGUGGAUGUCCCAGUGGAGCGAGGAGGAAGAGCUGAUGGCCGGCUACGAAGGUCUGGACGCCAAGGUCUGCGGUCUGUCGAGGAAGCUGGGCCUGGCCUGCUUCGGGCUGGCCGCCAUGCUGGGCGCGGUGGGAUUCAACCGCAAGACCGGCAAGGAGGGUGAUCUUCUGCCGAGCUACCAAAGCAAGGCGCACUACAUUUGAGCGCGCGACAUAUCAUUUGAGAACCCCAGUUGUUCAGUGGCACCAAUGAGUUCCCCCCUUUUUUUGUUUGGCGGGCUCGGGCUCCC